GUCCUAAAUUAAUACUACCCUGUGCAGUGGUUAUCUGGUGUUCAUAUGAGAUGAUUCCCAAUUGAAAGAUGAAAAGCAGAAGACAAAGGCACGUUGGUUCCUUCUCAACAUGCAUGACAUGGUAGUGGAGGUGUUGUAAUAGUGGGACCCAUCAUGCCCAUUUGUUACAUAACACCCUUUGCUUGAUCUCUUAAAUGCCCCAUGGAUGCAGUCUCCAUUCAAGGUGGCAACCAAACCCUCACCUGCUGGCAUUCAUGGCCCUGAAUUCUGAAAUGAGCUCUUCAUAAGAAGCAUUCGAAGAGAUUGAUGGGAUUUUUGGAAUUGAUGCUUCUAUAUUUGAAUGCCUGGAAGUUCAAGUGAAUCAGGAUCUGCCAGUUUCUGUUUAGGUAAUGGAUGAAGUAGAGAUUGAUGAAGACAAAUCUUUGGCCUUAACCCCGACAUGGGCUUUGGCUACAGUUAUCACUGUUAUGGUUUGUUUUGGGUUCUUCUGCCAAGCCUCUUUGAAUCAGUUUGGAAAGUGGUUAGAUAAGACUAAGAGGAAAGCACUACUUUCAGCUCUGGAAAAAAUCAAAGAUGAGUUAAUGCUUUUUGGGUUUCUGUCAUUGCUGAUGGGUCACUGGGUCGUAUUGGUGGCCAAGAUUUGUGUCAAAACAUCUGCUUUGAGCAGCAGAUUUUUCCCAUGUGCAAUAUACAAAUUGGAAGGCAGGGUUGAUUCAGCUUCAAGUUAUUCAAAUAAUUCCUCUGAUAGACAGGAACAUGAUCACUGCCCCGAGGGUCAUGAGUCUUUUGCUUCACAAGAAAGUCUGGAGCAGCUUCACCAUUUGAUGUUUGUUCUGGGCAUUAUCCAUGUUUUGUAUAGCUUUAUUGCCGUUGCCCUGGCCAUGAUUAAGAUUUAUAGCUGGAGAAUUUGGGAAAAACAAGCUAGGGAUAUGGCUACUCGGAGUGCACCUGAUUAUUCUCAAGCUGCAUUGUUUAAUAGAAGUUUCUCACGAUUAUCUACUUUCAUCUCUCACCAUACAUCCCAUCCAUGGAGUCGGCACAGAGUGCUUGUUUGGCUGCUCUGUUUCAGCCGACAAUUCUGGAGUUCUAUAAACUACGCUGAUUACAUGGCUUUGCGCUAUGGAUUUAUCACUACACAUGAACUUCCUUUGGCAUAUGAUUUUCAUAGUUAUAUGCUUCGAAGCAUGGAGGAAGAAUUUCGUGAUAUUGUUGGCAUUAGCUUGCCUCUCUGGAUCUAUGCUAUAUGUUGCAUUUUCCUGGAUUUCCAUGAGACUGAGGUUUACUUUUGGCUCUCCUUUCUUCCUGCCAUUUUAAUACUGCUAAUUGGUACAAAACUUCACCGGGUAGUCAUCAAGUUGGCUGUUGAAAUCUUGGAUGCAGCUACAGGGUUAGGAAAUCAGCAGUUAAACCUUAGGGAUAAGCUAUUUUGGUUUGGGAAGCCUAAACUUCUUUUGUGGCUAAUUCAAUUAAUAUCAUUUCAGAAUGCAUUUGAGAUGGCAACAUUCAUAUGGUCCCUGUGGGAGAUCAGAGAUUCUUCUUGUUUCAUGAGUAAUGAACUGUUUGUCAUCGUCAGGUUGAUAUUCGGGGUAGUCACCCAGUUCUGGUGCAGCUUCAUCACAUUCCCACUCUAUAUAAUCAUUACACAGAUGGAUGCAAAGUUCAAGAAAACUGUAAUCUCUGAAAAUGUAAGGGAAUCUCUGCAUGGAUGGAAAAGGAGAGUGAGGGCCAGGCACAGUUCCUCUUCUGCACGCCUGAAUGGGAUACCGUUUAGGUCCUCACAUAGUUCCACUUCUGCACACCUGAAAGGUUUAUCAUUCAAGUCCUCGAGUUCUACGACGCAUAAGCGCAAAAACAGUGAUUCUGCCUCAAGCAGCAGCAAGCAUAAAAGCACACCAGGAAUUGCAGAUAGACCAACCUCAUGUCAAGAGGCCGACGCUCAACAGGCUAACAGUAGUACUAAUAAUUUGCCUGGGAGAGAAUUUAAAAAUCUUUAAUAUUUUUAUAAAAUAUAUAAUUAUUUAAAUAUAAAAUCAAAUGUAAGGAUUAUUUUAUUAAUAAAAUAAAAUUUAAAAGACUAAAUUAUUUUAAA